AUGCCCAUCCCACCCCUAACCCCAACCCCAUCCUCCUCAUCCACCAUCAAAACCCGCCUCCUCAUCAUCUCAGACACACACUCCUCCCUCCCCUCCACAGAAGACCCCGCCACAACCCCCCAAGACGCCCUCUCAAACCCAAAAGCCCUCGCCCACUCCCCCUCGGGCUUCCGCUGCCCCCUCCCCGAAGCAGACGUCGUCCUCCACUGCGGCGACCUCACCAAGCGCGGACGCCCAGAGGAGCUCCAGAGGACAUUCUCCAUGCUGCGCGCCCUAAAGGCACCGCUCAAGCUCGCCAUCGCCGGCAACCACGACUUGGCCCUCGACGAGCGGCUCGACGAAAGGACCUACUACGACCCCUACAACGACCUCCAGGCCGCUCACAGAACUGCACUGCAGAUUGCCAAGGACGCCGAACAGGACGGCGUCCGCUAUCUCACCGAGGGGACAUACGCCUUCAACCUGCCCAACGGCUCGACGCUGCGCAUCUUUGCCAGCCCCUGGACGCCCCGGUAUGGCACGUGGGCUUUCCAAUACGAGGGCAUGGGCACGCACAGCUUCGACAUCCCGGAAGGCGUCGACGUCGCCAUGACGCACGGUCCGCCCCUCGGCGUUCUCGAUCAGACGUGGAGGAAUGACAACGCCGGCUGCGGCGACCUCUUUCGGUCCGUCUACCGCGCGAAGCCUAGGAUCCAUUGCUUUGGCCACAUUCACGAAGCCUGGGGCGCUCAGCUGAUGCGGUGGAAGCCCAAUGUCGGUGUGCCGGGUGAAGCUGACGGAAUGAGCAAAGACCGAGGCUGCUACCUCGAUGUGACGGAAGGGCAGGACAUGGUGAAGCGAGGCGAGCAGACGCUCUUUGUCAAUGCUUCGAUCAUGAGUGUCCGGUAUCGCCCAGCACAAAUGCCCUGGGUGGUGGACAUUGACCUGCCGAGGACAACAGAGCUCACAUAG